AUGAACAGCACAGGAAAUUGCACCAUUGAGGACCCCGAGUUCCAGCUAGGCUUGACCGUGUACACCGGCACCUUGCUGGUCCUGGGGAUCGUGUUCAACGUCGUGGCCCUGUGGGUCUUCUGUUGCCGCAUGAGAAGGAAGCAGUGGACGGAGACGGUCAUCUACAUGUCCAAUCUGGCCGUGGCUGACCUGUGCCUGCUCUGCGCCCUGCCCAUCAUGAUCUAUUCCCAAAGGCAGAUCAAGCAAGAGGACACUGUGCUGUGCCAGGUGUCCCAGAGCAUCUACCUGAUAAACAGAUACAUGAGCAUCAGCAUCAUCACUGCGAUCUCUGUGGACCGCUAUGUGGCCAUCCAGUUCCCAAUGCAGGCCAAGAGGCUGCGCUCUCCUGGCCUCUCCGCCAUCAUCUGUGCUCUGCUCUGGGUGCUGGUCAUCGCUUCUACUGUCACCCGCAUGGCCUGGCAGAUCCAAUAUGGUGGCUUCUGUUUUCUCAAUGAGAACGCCAAAGGGUCAAAGACAACCCUCUUCUCUCUGCUUGGCUUCUUUAUCCCCUUGGUCAUCCUGACCUUCUGCUCCGUUCAGGUCAUCGUGAAGCUGGUGAGAAAGACAAAGACAGAUGCCCGGGAGAAGAGGGCCAUCCACAAGGCCAUCUGGAUCAUCAGCGCCAACCUUCUCGUCUUCGUGGCCUGCUUUUUGCCCUUGCAUGUGACACUGAGCAUUCGGCUCAUCAUGGAGCCCAAGACCUGUUCCAGCCUCAAGAUCUGGAGGUACGCCAUCACUAUAACCUCACGCUUGUCCAGUGCCAACUGCUGCCUGGAUGCCAUCUGCUAUUAUUUCGUGGCCAAGGAGUUCCAGGACGCAUCAGCCCAAGCCAUCUUCACCUUGUCCAGAUCCUCCAGGCUCCAAGACUCAACACGGGCAUCUCUGUCUCAAUGA